ACAGGUUCAAUAGUCAAGUGGAAGGGUUGCAGAUAUUAAGUUGUCUUGUGUGCCCAACUUGCGCAUUCAUUUCCAAAACCCUCCCGAUUACUAAUCACCUUGCAACCCACUUGGGUGCGUGCUGACCCCGCAGUGAGCUUUGUUUGUGAACCCUUAGAAACCAACUCCAGUAUAGCGAGAACUACUAGGCAGUCGGUCUUACAUACAAACUUGUGGAAUGUUACCAAAAAUGACGCCUUACUCCUGCUUCCCCUCAAAUAUUCGGUUUUCCCUUCGUCCUAUUCCGCCUUGAAAUACCCAACUGUGUCGAUCCAAACCCGGUUUGGCACCAUAUCUAAAUUUAUUUCCAAAUAAAUCGCAAUGGCUUUCCAUAUGGCAACGGAAUGGCAUGCGGGAGAGGAAGAAAUUCACAAACGUCUGCGAGCACCUCAAGGCGAUAAUCCAACCUCACCAUUUCUCUCACCCUUUGCUGCCAAUCUUCUGACGCGAUCACCGUUACUCGCCAUCGGCACACUAGAUUCAUCCGGCAGACCAUGGACUACAUUAUGGGGCGGAGAAGCUGGUUUCGCCUGGCCGGUCGCGCAGUCUGUUAUUGCUGUGAAAGCUACAAUUGAUCUUGAAUACGACCCAGUCUCUGAAGUGUUACUGGGCAAGAAUGCGAAUGGACAAGUUAAACACGAACAACCGCCUGGGAGAAUGAUUGGUGGUCUUGCGAUCGACCUUGAAUCUAGGAAGAGGGUCAAGUUAUAUGGUAGGAUGGCUGCGGGUGCAUUGAGAGAGACUGCUGGAGACUCAGUGGUGGAAGCGUCGUUGGUUGUUAAGAUUGAGCAAAGUUUGGGUGAGCUUUUCGUUUUUUGGACGCUGUUGUUACAUACUAACGGAACUGCAGGCAAUUGUCCCAAGUACCUUAACAAAAAACAUAUCAUUCCUCGACUACCAAGACCUACACUUGUCUCUACCACAUUACCCCUCCCUAAAGAAGCGACUGAUUUAAUAACACGAUCCGACCUGUUCUUCAUUUCAUCCUCGAAUCAUGAUUCGGACAUGGAUACAAAUCAUAGAGGUGGACCACCAGGUUUUGUACGAAUCUUGUCCAACGAUAGUGAAGGGCUUAUAAUUGUUUAUCCUGAGUAUUCUGGUAACCGUCUUUAUCAGACACUAGGAAACCUUACAACGACACCUCAAGCAGGAUUAGUAUUCCCAGAUUUCAAUACUGGUGAUGUCGUGUACCUAACUGGUAGAACGGAAAUACUUGCUGGGGAAAAGGCGACCAAUCUGAUAACACAUACCAAUCUUGCAGUCAAGAUUUAUGUGGAAGAUGUUAGAUAUGUUACUGAUGGAUUAAGUUUUCGAGGUGAAGAAGGUGAACGCUCACCGUACAAUCCUCCCGUACGCUUUCUAGCUUCCGAGGCCGCUACUGGAGUCAAAGAUAUGGGCAAGAAAAUGCACGCAAAACUUUUGGAGAGGAAAAUCCUGUCACCAUCUGUGGCUAGAUUUCGAUUUAAGAUUUUGGAUGCAGAUAAAACCAUUAGUUGGAAACCUGGCCAAUAUGUCGCAUUGGACUUCAAGGAUGAACUUGACAUCGGCUAUAGCCACAUGCGUGACGAUGAUCCAAAGAGUUUGAACGACGAUUACAUACGAACUUUUACUGUCUCUUCUUCCCAGGAUCGUACAAAUACAUAUGAAGAAUUCGAAAUUACAAUCCGCAAGGUUGGAGUUGUCACAAAUUUCCUCUUUCGUCAUAAUAUCGGGUCAGAGUUGGAAGUACCACUCAAUGGAUUUGGAGGAGAAUUUUUCAUUGACCAAGGCUCUGAAGGAAAAGUUUCUUUUGUUGCUGGCGGCGUGGGAAUUACACCACUGCUUGCCCAGGUUUCCGAGUUGGAUUUAUUACGAUUGCAACUUUACUGGACCGUUCGUUUAGCUGACCUAGGACUGGUUCUGGACACCUUUGAAAAAUAUCCCAAUCUCUCAAAUCAUACAAAAUUGUUCAUCACAGGUGAAAUGGGAGGCUGUGAUGGUAUGAAUGAAUCAAUUUGUGCCAAAAAGUUACGGGAAUCUGGGGCCAGUCUACGAGAGAGAAGGAUUGAAAAGAGCGAUGUAUCCGAGGAUCCUACAAAUCGAUGGUACCUAUGUACAGGGACUAAUCUACGUAACACCUUGGUGGAAUGGCUUAAAGGGAAACAACUGUGCUACGAAGACUUUAACUACUAAAGCCGCAAAUUUAAUUUAUUGAAAUGAAACAAUUGUUCGCAAAUGAACACGUCUUUUCUUUGUGCUCUUUGUUUUCCUUUGAUCGUGUAGUGAUGUGGCUCAAAACGUACCAGUGAAAUUCGAGAAAUUUUGUAGGUCGCUACGUUCCUUUGUGUUCAUGUAGAAGCUUUAUCAAAUCAGUUAAAAAGCAAUCUCCAACAUCAAAUUAUCCUCAACAAUCACAGUUUGAAGAAGCCAACCAACAUAAUGGCAGCCAAUAACGUUCAUUCUACGCCUAUUCAACCUAAAUAUGUCCUCCGAAACCCCCUGGAAGUUGAUAACAACACCAAGAGUAUCCAAUUGAUCCGAAUCAAAGACAAU